AUGGAUGCUUUGCGGCCAAUACAAGGGCUGAUUGAUCAAGUCCAAAACAGACUACCGGCAAAUAUACUUUACAAGUAUCUCAAAGAUUUUGCGUGUGAUUUAUGCAGUCACUUGCGAGCUCAUGAUGGGAAGCUGGAAAGCACGAGGCCAGGGGGGACAGGCGAUAUCUUGCCGAUGGAGACGGCCUCAUGGAGCCUGGAUACGUCGUCCCCGGUCCCGGAGCCGCAAGCUCCGAUCGACGAGCGACAGCCAAACCCCUCAAGUCAAUUGUGGCGUCCAGGCCAAGCGUUGGUUGCGCGGCGAGACCCUGCUGCUCCCAGCCAGCCCUCGUCGACGCUGACCUCCGGCCUGCCGCGGCUCUCACAAACUGGGAACGCGUGCUCAUCCCCACCGUGGACACUCUUCCAAGAUCCUAAGGCUGCCGAGCUCUGCGUACAAAAGAAAGGCCUGAGGUUCUGCCGUCGUGUGGACUGUGGACAGUGGUGA